AUGACUGCAACUGUCGUAGACCAUCCCGAUAAGCAACAUCAGCAACAAGAUCAAGAGCACACUUCGAAGCAGCAUUUAUCACAGCAACUUCAACGAGAGCAUGAUAUUGUUGUUACAUCGAUGGGAGGUACCGAUGACGAAGUUGCUGUUGCAGUUUCGCGUGACAUUUCCGUCGAUGAAAGCCAUCAAGCUAUCGCGGAACAAGAUUCAACGAAAAAGCAAUAUCAUUCUGGAAGAAUUCCGGACAUCCGGAUUCUUUCGGCAAAUGCUUCAAAUACAAAAACGAAGAAAUCCCGCAGAAGGAGGGGUGGAAAAGGACGCUGGAAACCAUAUCACACAUUAUCACUAAAGGAAAAAAUUGCUCAAGAAGAGAAAGAAGUACGAAAUGCAGUAGAAAAGCGUGAAAGAUUAUUUUCACGCGGCAAACCUAUGGCACCGUACAAUACAACGCAGUUUCUGCUGGAAGAUCACGAGAAGCGUACAAUGCCUCCAGAUGUCGGCGAUUCAUCUGGAAUGGCUGCACAUCAACGGCAGUCCACAGGAGGAUUUUCACCAACUCGUGAAAGUUAUGCCUUUACAUAUCAUUUGCCAAAAGAAUCAGAAGAUUCGGUUCGGUUCUGGUACCACGUUGUUUGCAAUUAUGCUAAAAAAAAAUGUGAUGAGCGUAUUGCGACAACAACGUACAUUCACAUACAUACGCGCAUGUGCUACGCCCCGUUUUCGGUCGACUCUGAAAAUCUCCAAAGGCGAGCAGAUUUUCAUACAGUCGAUUUGGCGAGUCAUUCAGUUCCUGAGCAUCGCAUGCUUGUAUUUAAAAGUUGCCGAAAUAUAAUAGCUGCUGGAAAUUAUAGUGCUGGUAACGAAGCUAGCCGAAUAUUUGGUACGAUUGGUCAGUCAGGGUCUGAAAUGGGUGGUAAUACAACAGACAGUGCGAGUUAUUCAGGUGCAGAAGAUGAUGAAAUGGAGCGACAGUUUGAUGCUGAUUAUGAUUAUGUCAACAUGGAGCGCAUCAGUAAUAUGACCAAAGAUGAAGUUGUACGAGAAUACAUGCAUUUAGAGAAGAUUAAUGGUAAGCUGGCGGAUCGCAUGAGUUUGUUGCAGUUAGAAAAUGAUAAAUUGAAGCAGCUGUUAAAGGACCAUAAUAUUUCUUACGAAAAUGUAUUACCCAAAAUACGACGCCAUAGUGGCGCAUCGGUUUCGGAAGCGAGUGAUGUGGUACGAAAAAGCCUGGAUGAAGUAAUGGUUGAAAGUGGGCAGUAA